AUGAUCGGUACCACAGCUGACGAGCCCCUCCACGUGCUCGACCUGCCCCAGAUCUACAAGAAGCCUUCUGGCACCGAGCUGCUCAAGGCUCUGGCCCUGUUAACUCUGCAGCCACGAUCAUUCGGCAUCACCGCUGACACCGUCAAGGGCCCUGCGGUACAGCCCGAGGGUGUGACUCGCUAUCUCACCUCCAUCAUUUCCAGUCCGCUCUCAUGGCUCGACACCGAGGAGUUGCAGGAAGCAGUCUGGGACGCGGCAUCAGCCCGUCUGAGCGAGCGAUCUGGCCGUACCGCCAUGCCGGCCAUGUCGCGCAUCUUCAGCAUUCCCGCCUCCUCCGUCGAGGAGUACACUCUCACCUUACACGAACCAUCCCUCACAUCGGAUAACCUGGGUAUGAAGACAUGGGUAUCCUCCUACCUCCUUUCCCGCCGCCUGCACAAACUGCUCGAAUCGCCAGCAGAACUCGUCCCCACCAGUUCAACCGAGCCGUCCACCCCAAAUGAUAAACAGCUUCGAGCAUUGGAGCUCGGCUCCGGGACGGGUCUUGUCGGUUUGUCCUUUGCCGCGCUGAAGGGCAAGUCAGCCACCAUCCACUUGACCGAUUUGCCCGAGAUCGUGCCCAACCUCGCCCACAACGCCUCUCUAAACGUGGAGCUUAUGAAAACAACCGAGGCAAGCGUGACAACAGGUGUCCUGGACUGGUCCGUCACGCCGGACCCUCUGCCCACUGCGGAGGAGAGAUUCGAUGUCAUUCUCGCCGCCGAUCCGCUCUACUCGCCGCUUCAUCCGAAACUGCUAGUCGAUACCAUUGGGCCGUGGCUCAGUCGUGGUCUGGACGCGCGGGUUGUCACGGAGAUGCCCCUGCGUGACGCAUAUCUGCCACAGGUAGCGGAGUUCCGGCAGCGCAUGUUUGAUCUUGGGCUGGCGGUGGUCGAGGAGGGCGAAGAAGUCGGGUAUGAUGACUGGGAGAGUGCGAACGGCGAGGCACUGGCUGUAAAAUGCUGGUGGUCUAUCUGGGGAUGGAGCGAGAAGGUAUAA